GCUUCACAUAUAAAAGGUUAGUUUCUCAUUGGGCUGUGGUUUGCUGAGGAGGGGAUUAGGAAAUGUGUCUCAGCUGGAAGUGACCGCGGCUGAGCUACCGAGGGUUACAAGCGCUGAUCGUCGCGUCCCUGCAGAGAGAUUCGGUGUAGGAGAUGCGAGCGGCGCUGCGCCUGGCAGUAGUGGCAGUCCCCAUGGGUGUGCUGCUGUCCCGGACAAUGGCGUGGAUGUCCAGCGGCAAAACAAAUCCAGAGCUUAUCAGCAGGCUAAGGGACCAUGGCGUGAUCCAGAGUGACAGAGUGUUCAAUGCCAUGCUGGCUACUGACAGAGGACUCUACUCGAGAGACUAUCCAUAUGCAGACUCUCCCCAAUCCAUAGGCUACAGGGCAACCAUCAGUGCACCACACAUGCAUGCUCAUGCUUUGGAGCUACUAAGUGACAAACUAACUGAAGGAGCGUCUGCACUGGAUGUAGGCUCAGGAAGUGGAUAUCUCACCGCCUGCUUUGCAAGAAUGACAGGGCCCACGGGUAGAGUGGUUGGCAUUGAACACAUCGACGAACUGGUUCAGAUGUCAAUCAAAAAUGUUCAAGCUGACGACCCGGAGCUGCUGUCCUCUGGACGCAUCAAACUAGUUGUGGGAGAUGGAAGACUCGGCUACCCAGAUGGAGCGCCGUAUGAUGCCAUUCAUGUUGGUGCAGCUGCAGCCACUGUUCCUAAGGCUCUCUUGGAGCAGCUGAAACCAGGUGGGCGGUUGGUUCUCCCAGUGGGCCCUGAUGGUGGCAGUCAGGUGCUAGAGCAGUAUGAUCGGCAGAGUGAUGGGAGCUUCCUCAAGAAAGCUUUGAUGGGAGUGGUUUAUGUCCCCUUGACUGACAAGAGGCACCAGUGGCCUGGAGGUGAGCUCUGACUGCAGUGUGGUUGCCCUUGCAGGAGGUGGCGUUGGUGCUGCGUCUCCGGGGCCCUGUAACACCUCUUAUAGUUCAACUGAGCUUCUAUCUUAAGGACCACCUGCUCUGCUAGGUUGUCACCUAGCAACAUGAAAGGAGGAUAUUGCUCUGUUUGCCUGGCCAGAUUGUCUUCCAAGGGCGAUAAAACAAUGAGUGACUAAAUAAGUCUUCAGCGGUCUACUGAUUAGCCUCUUCCCAGAAUCCUGUGAUUCAUUUAGAGUGAUGCAAGUACAGUAGAUCACAGUGGGGAAAAAAGGGCUGUACACAGUAUUAUUUCUGGGGAAGUUUGUGAAGUGUAAUAAUGGGUUUGUUGAGAUUACAGCAUGAAAAGCUCUAAGAUAUGUGAAUGCUUGUGCUGAUUUCAGAUGGA